AUCGCAAUAAUAAACAAAAAUCGAUUAAGUACAUAAAAAUUAUGAAAUGCUAUUGAUUUGUUCAAGAUUUUCACAAAUUUUCAUCCAAAUUAAUACUAACUGCUGCUUUAUAAGAGAUAGGCUAUAUUUUAUCGCUAUAUUUUAUAGUUAGCAUAAUAGCUAAUCAAUUUUAGCAUCGCUGAAUGGUUUGUUUUGUCUCCAACUUCAUUGUUGUGGGAGUCACCCCGUGUCCAUCGGGCGUGAAGGUCGUCUGCAAGGGUCGCAGUCUGCGCGCGCAACCUGUCGAACGCUCAGUCGAUCUGCACCUCUCGUCUCACCGGACGCGCCAUAGCCAUCGAGAGCGGUGCCGGCAAACGCGUUCGUACCCAAAAACUAAUUAACUAAACAACGUUACGCGUACUUUUCACUAUUAAUUUAUUCGUCAAAAUAAACGAAACGUAGUGUCAAUCAUCGUAAUAUUUUCUGUGGAAUCAUUUUCAUUACCUGUCGACGACUCCCGAAUUUCGUGAACAGAUGACAGGCGACAAUUAGGUGCCGAACAAAAAAAACAAAAACAAUCUUCGAGUGCUAGUCAUUGUGCUGAACAGACACAAGUGAUGCUUAGUGUUAUUUAUAAAUCAAAUUCCUAGUGGUUAAUAUUCGAGUGAAAAUGUCGAUCGAGACGCAAGAGUACAUCAACGGAUUGAGGCCGGGACCGCUCACUAGGGAAAUCCCCGAGUGUAUGCGGGACAAGUAUACGGUGCUACAGUCCAUACUGGACAUUACGUUGUUUCUGAUUAUUGCGAUCAGGAAAGUAAUCCAAGCUAUAUAUAGGACGAUAGUGGGGUACCCUAAAAAGGACUUGAAGGGAAAUAUAGCUUUAGUGACUGGCGGCGGUGGAGGCCUCGGGAGUCUGAUGGCCCUGCGGCUGGCUCGGCUCGGAUGCACAAUCGUUCUAUGGGACAUCAAUAAACAAGGGUUAGAAGACACUGUGAAAUUGGUGAAGGGUAUUGGUGGCCAAUGCUGCGGCUACGUGGUAGACCUUGCCAAGAAGGAGGAUAUAUAUCGAGUCGCUAAGCAGGUGCACCUAGAAGUCGGCAGGGUAAAUCUGCUCAUCAAUAACGCGGGAGUGGUAUCAGGGCGAUACCUGCUCGACACACCCGACCAUCUCAUACAGAGGACGUUUGACGUCAACAUCUUGGCUCAUUUUUGGACCGUGAAAGCUUUCUUGCCGUCCAUGAUUGAAAAGAAUGACGGCCACAUUGUCACCAUAGCAUCCAUGGCGGGCUACGUAGGAGUCCCCAAAUUGGUCGACUAUUGCUCAUCCAAAGCUGCCGCUUGCGGCUUCGACGAGUCGUUGAGGCUGGAACUUCAGGACAGGGGCAUUACGGGAGUCAGAACUUCGCUCAUUUGCCCCUUCUUUAUCAGAUCUACAGGCAUGUUUGAUGACGUUAAUUCCAGGUUCUUGCCCCAGCUGAGCUCCAACGACGUGGCAGACCGGGUUGUCCACGCGAUUCGCACUGAAGAGCCGUUCGCUUUCAUACCUGGCAUACUGCGGAUAGCUCUUUGUUUGAGAUGGCUAGUCCCGUACCAAGUGAUAGCAGACUUCGUCCGCAUGAUGAUACCGGACGCGUCGCCAGUAGGGCACGCUGCACCUCCUACACCGCCUGAUUCUCCAUCGCCUCUCACCGAGACUACGUUACCGAAGCGCGAGUCCCGUCCGUUGUCCCUGGUUCCACCCGAAAGACAUGACAGACAAGUCUGAUAUACCUAUAAGAUUAUUCUAGUAUACUUAGCGGCAAAUAUCUUGGGUAAAAUCAAAUCAUAGUGGCAAACAUCUUGAGCAAAACUAUAGAUAGAGAAAUAUGCUGCCCGCGUAACCUACAUCGCC